UUAACUAUGUAAACAUCGAACCAUUCAUUAAUUAAAAUGGCAGCUGGAGCACUCGUCUUCCUUUCACUCCUACCCUGCGUGUUUAUGGACACGAAAUUCACCAGUGGCAACUGCAGUUAUCACUGGACUUUGUACAACGGAACGAUCCCUGAAGAUGCAAUCCCCGGCGGCCGAGACGUCUCCGGCGAAAUUUUUUACGUGGGGUUGGUGCAACUGAAGCUAAUCAACGAGGUUUUUGCCGGGAUGAUUUUGCCGAGUAGUGGGACGGCGAGGAUUACGUCACUGGGGAUCACGCGGGAAGUCAAGAAUGAUCCAUUCACUAUAAUCAACAUUUUGUGUAGUUCUGAUAAAGAGGCGUUCGAAUGGGUUAGCACGAAAAGCGAAGAUUUGCACUUGUUGACUGACCAUAAUUUGGUGGGGGGUGGGAAAGUUUUGGGCCAGGAUUUAUACAUUGGAAGAGUUCGCAGCGACGGGGGGAUCGUUCUGGGGAAAGUUUUUCCGCACAGGUUUAUCUAUCAAGGGCUUUAUGUACCUUCGAAAGGGGUUUUUGCUCAGUUUAUGUCUUAUCAAGUUUUGGCUUUUAAUUGCAAGGAUAAGAAACGCGACAAAGAGGAGGAUUUUGAUUUUGGUGGUAGAAACGGCGAAAAUGGCACUUUGGAAUUUUGAAUUUUGAACUGAAUUGGAAAGUAUUAUGUAAAAUUAUUUAGCAGUAAUCAUCAGUAUUAUAAAACGAAUUAUUAGACAAUAACAUAUCUAUUUUAAGUAAAGCAUAAGUCUUAAAAAUUUAUAGUUGUAAAAUUUAUUAAAUAGGUGUGUCAGUCGAUUGUGAAAGACCAGAAAUGCUGCACAGGGUGUUACAAAAAUGACCAAAAUUUACAAAUAAUUUUAUCAUAUUAAAAGUAUUGUAAUUUUGACAAUACUAAGUAAUCUCCUACUUUAUCCUGCAUGUUAAUAUAGUUAGGUUUUAGUGCUGUUUAGCAUUUAUUAUCUACUCUGAAAAGAUCUAAAAUACAAUCAAACGUUAAGUCAAUAA